GCGCUCUGUAGCCUUUUUUGCUCCUUCCAGUCCACUGCUGCCUAUACUCUGCACCGCGGCCUGACCCCCCAUGAACCGGCGACUUCCUCUUUUUCAGAUUCCAUGGCGAUCGGGAGAGAGGGAAGACCACCGACGCACGCACACUAUCUCAAACCAACCGAAAGACGCUUCUCAGGUUUGAUCUGACUUGUCUGCCUGAGACGCAAAGAGAUACACAGACAGGAUUGUCGAUCUGGUGACGUUGUCUGGGCAGUGUCAGUUAAUCCCUCUGGUGUGGGUAGUAAGGAGCUCCCAGUGCUGUGGUCUGUGUGGUUCUGGUCUACUCUGUUCUGGGUUUGGACUGCCAGUCUAUGGCGCUGAUGGACAAGCACAAAGUGAAGCGGCAAAGAUUGGACCGCAUCUGUGAGGGCAUCCGCCCCCCCAUCCUGAACGGGCCCAUGCACCCCCGCCCCCUGGUGGCCCUGCUGGAUGGCCGUGACUGCACCGUGGAGAUGCCCAUCCUCAAGGACGUGGCCACUGUGGCCUUCUGUGACGCCCAGUCCACCCAGGAGAUCCACGAGAAGGUGCUGAACGAGGCCGUGGGUGCUCUGCUGUACCACACCAUCACGCUCUCCAGAGACGACCUGGACAAGUUCAAGGGGCUGCGUGUCAUCGUACGCAUCGGCAGUGGCUACGACAACGUGGACAUCAAAGCUGCCGCUGAGCUAGGCAUCGCGGUGUGCAACGUUCCGGCCACGUCAGUGGAGGAGACGGCCGACACGUCCCUGUGCCUGAUCCUGAACCUGUACCGCAGGGUCACCUGGAUGCACCAGGCCCUCAGGGAGGGCACCCGGGCCUCCAGUGUGGAGCAGAUCAGGGAGGUGGCCGGGGGCGCCGCCCGCAUCCGAGGAGAGACGCUGGGCAUCAUCGGUCUGGGUCGCGUGGGCCAGGCCGUAGCCCUGCGAGCUAAAGCCUUUGGCUUCGGGGUGAUCUUCUACGACCCGUACCUUCCCGACGGCGUGGAGCGCUCCCUGGGGCUGCAGAGGAUGACCACCCUGCAGGACCUGCUCAUCCACUCGGACUGUGUCUCCCUGCACUGCAGCCUCAACGAACACAACCACCACCUCAUCAACGACUUCACCAUCAAACAGAUGCGUCAGGGGGCUUUCCUGGUGAACACAUCGCGGGGGGGGCUGGUGGAUGAGAAGGCCCUGGCUCAGGCCCUGAAGGAGGGCCGCAUUCGAGGGGCCGCUCUGGACGUGCACGAGACGGAACCCUUCAGUUUCUCGUCGGGCCCUCUGAAGGACGCCCCUAACCUGAUCUGCACCCCCCACACCUCCUGGUACAGUGAGCAGGCCUCCAUCGAGGCCAGAGAAGAGGCUGCCAGGGAGGUCCGCAGAGCUAUCACAGGUCGUAUCCCAGACAGUCUGAAGAACUGUGUGAACAAGGAGUACCUGAUGGCUGCCUCCCAGUGGCCCAGCAUGGAGGCUGCCACUGUGCACCCAGAGCUCAACGGCGCCCCCUACAGGUUUCCUGCAGGUCUGAUUGGUGUGGCUACAGGGGGUCUCCCAGGGGCAGGUGCAGGGGUGGAGGGGCUGGUGUCGGCCUCCCUGGCUCACGGCAUCGCCCCCGUGUCCCACCCCCCUCACGCCCCGUCGCCAGGGCAACCAUGCAAGGCUGAGUCCGACAGAGACAUGGCCUCUGACCAGUAGCCCCCCCCUGCACAUUCCGUCACCCUGGACCCCCCU